AGUUCGAUAUCGCAAUGUUCAUUUGUAUAAUUCUCUUAUUAGAGCUCAUACCCAGAAUUCUCAAUCUUCUCAAGCUUUCAUUACUAUUCUUGAUAUGCUUAAUAAUGGCGUUUUCGCUGAUAAUUUUAAAUACCCUUUUCUUCUUAAGACUUGUAGUGGACCCUGUUCAUUGCAAUUGGUUCAAAUGGUUCAUACCCAGAUGAUAAAGUUAGGUUUUUUUGGUGAUAUUUUUGUACCCAAUUCGUUGAUUGAUAGUUACUGUAAGUGUGGGGUGAUUGGUGUUAGUUCUGCUAGGAAGUUGUUUGUGUUCAUGGAGGAUAGAGAUAUUGUUUCUUGGAAUUCAUUGAUUAGGGGGUUGGUUAAAGGGGGUAAUUUGAAAGAUGCUCGCCAACUGUUUGAUGAAAUGCCUGAGAAAGAUGCUGUGAGCUGGAAUAUAAUGUUAGAUGGGUAUGUUAAAGCAAAAGACAUGGAUGUUGCGUUUCAAUUGUUUGAGAAGAUGCCUGAGAGAAAUGUUGUAUCUUGGUCUACCAUGGUUUCGGGUUAUACGAAAGUAGGGGAUUUGGAUAUGGCUAGGUUACUCUUUGAUAAGAUGCCUGUUAAGAAUUUGGUGUCAUGGACAAUAAUAAUUUCUGGGUAUGCUGGAAAUGGAUUCACAAAGGAGGCUAUAUCUUUGUAUAAUGAAAUGGAAAGUUUAGGAUUGAAAUUUGAUGAUGGGACCAUUAUUAGUAUCCUAGCUGCUUGCGCCGAGUCUGGUUUGCUCACACUUGGGAAGAGAGUUCGUUCCUCAAUUGUGGCAACUGGUUUUAGAUGUAGUGUCACAGUGAAUAAUGCAUUGAUUGAUAUGUAUGCCAAGUGCAGAUGUGCAGAAAAAGCAUUAGUUGUAUUCCAGGGGAUGUCUGAAAGAGAUUUAGUUUCCUGGAACACCAUUAUCCAAGGUUUAGCUAUGCAUGGAGAUGGAGUGACAGCACUCAAGCUUUUCUCAAGGAUGAAAAAAGUGGUUUUCGACCUGAUAAAUUCACUUUCAUUGGUAUCUUAUGUGCUUGCACUCACAUGGGUUAUGUUGACAAGGGUCUUGAUUAUUUUUAUUCUAUGGAAAGGGAUUAUGACAUUGUCCCCCAAAUAG